CACUCACUCUCACUCUAGUCACACGUUCUGGAAAUGUUGUGAGAGUGCUUUCUAAAUAUAACCGCAGAGAGAGAGCGGGAGAGAGAGAGCACCUUUCCAGCCGACUAAGGGUUCUCGCUGAGCUCACAUACACGGGCCUGGCAGGAGAGAGAAGGGUGUGAGGAGAGGAGACCGAGCGCAACUUUGACAAGUCCCAAAAUAAAACCUUUAGAGGGAGUUGAAACUUGCUGUGAACGGGACGACAGUCAAGGCAGCUGCAGCAGAGGAUGGAGGAGGACGCCCCGCCUAAGAAGUCAGUGGCGGAGCUGGCUGGAAAGUUCAAAGCUCAUGCCCCUCCCUUCCCCACGGGAACUGACGGGAAUAAUAAGCCUGUUAGGAGACGCCCCCCUCGAACCCUACAGCUCCCCAAGACCACAGCACAGGGACAGGUGGAUGAGGAGAAACCCAUCUCCCCGUCUCUGCAUCCUGCCAAAACCAAAAGGAACUCUGCUCUUAUUGAGAAACUGCAGGCUAACCUGGCUUUAUCCCCCUGUUCCCUCCUGCCCUCUCCUAAGAGCCCUGGGCUGAGACUGUUGCCCCCCUCCUUCACCUCCACCUGCUCCCCCAUCCCUCCUGUUACCCCCACCACCCCAGUCAGCAGGGCACCCCUCCCUCGGUCGCUGAGCAAGGAAGAGACACCUGCCACCUUUGAAGUCCCAGCCACACCCACCGACGGAUCCCUACUGCCCAGUAUCAACAAGGGAAGAGCCCGCCUCUCCAUCCGGCGACGCCCACCUUCGAGACGCCACAGGAAGUCCAGCGGAGAGGAAGGAGACGGGGUGACGGGUGAAGAGAUUCCCCUAACUACACCCGACGACCCCGAGGCCAAAGUUGGGGAGGAAGAGAAGGGAGAGGGGGAGGAGGUGUUUGAGAAGGAAGUGGAAGAGAAGGAUUGCGAAAGAGCAGACACCACUAUGUCUACCAAAGAAAAGAUAGAGACAGGCUCCUCUACCCCUGCUAACUCAAAGCAACAGAUAGACACAACAGACAGAUCAACCACAGACACUGACCCACUGGAAAAGACAAAGUCCGAAAAAACGCUGGAGCCCCAGAGAGAGGAGAGACAGACAGGAGAGGAGGCAACAGGGUCUAGAGGAGAAGAGGUGAAAGAGUGUGUUCAGGGGUGUGGAGGAGAAGAAAAGGAGAAGGGGAGGGAGACUUGUUCAGUGGAGGAGUCAUCUACAGAGAGAGAGAAAGAAGAGGGGGAAGAGCUGACCUGCAAAGAAAAGGAGGGAGAGAGAGAGACAGACUGCAACGAAGAGAAGGAGAACACCAAGCUCUGAUGGUCCGUAACCGCACCAUGCCCCUGCCUUACAGAGUGGGAGACCCCCAUAGUGUGCACUCACUCCCCUCAUCCCAUAGCACAUAGUGUAGUGGAAAAGGCGAGACUAGUAUGGACUGCAGACUAUGCCACUGGAUGGACUCCCUUUAGUCCUCUGCAUCUGGAAGGUCCUACACUCGGGUUCCAUCCCAAAUGGCACACUAUGCCCAAUAUAGUGCAGUACGUUUGACCAGGUUCAAUAGGCCUCUGGUCUAAAGUAGUGCACUAUAUAGGGAAUAGGGUGUCAUUUGGGACAUAACUAUGCACAUUUUUGGACAUGUUUCUUGUAAAUUCUUAUUUGGUGUCAGCCUGUGACUUUGUUAUCUUUAGGCAGAUUAACGCAAGAGAUUUGCCUGUACAGCUUUUUUAAAAUCCUUAUUUGGAUAGCUUUGCUUCCGCACAGAAUGUUUUGGUGCUCCACUUGAUUCUGUGUCGUUAGUAAAGGUUAACACAGGUAACCGGGAUCCCAGGACUGUCUCGGAACCACUUCACAUUUCCCCAAAACAUUUUAUGACAAGACCUGGUAAAUUAUAACAUUUUCCACAAAAUACACAACAUGCAGAUUAGUAAAACAACAGAUUUCUAGAAAACGUUAGGCUAUUUGAUUUAAACUGGUGUUGAGAACAACGCUGCGGAGGCGGGAGGCAGCUGUGUAGGGCUAGGGCAAAAAACAUGCACCCAGGGGGGGCCCCACCGAGUUUGGGAAUCCCUGGUCUAGAUAAAUCAAUUAGAAAUUCAAUUCUCUGUUUUGGUAUUUUUUUACAAUUAGGCUGGGGAAAUGUUAGCUAAGUUGAAGUGAGUGCUAAUGAUCAUCUUUAGUCUAGUUUGCUCACAUAUUAACUCAUCAGAACAUUUCGCUAGCAUUUUACAAGUGAAUUUUGCUCUUCAGCCUGUCCUACUCUGAUAAUCAAUCAUGUCCUACUCCUGACCAAAAGCCUGUGACUUGUCUGAUAAUCAAUCAAUGUGAUUUUGUUUCACUGAAUCUCUGUCUGUAUAUUUGGUUAAUUGAUCUCUGGCUGGACAAGUGGAAGUGGUAGAUCAUCUAUUCAUUUGCUCAUCUAUCACUGAUUAGAAACAUUUAGCAUGCAAUAAUGUAGCCUAAAUCAAGAUGAUUAUUUAUCUAUGGACUCACGUACUGUAGUAGCCUUAUAUAGAGCCUAGGCAAUUUUCCUAUUGUCCCAAUCCCACUGAAAUCAAAAAUCCUGACUCCUGUCUUGCAUGAACAUUCCUAACUUGAUUCUGUAAUCCUGUAGUCUAAUAAUGUAGUCUGGUAUUGCUGCCGAUGUGAGAGCUUCAGUAGAGAAUGUGUGAUCAACAAAUGGUAGGCCGAUGAGGGUAGAUAUGGAAAUAUUUUUUAAACAGUUGGUCUCCGUUAAGAUACCUUGAUAUUUAAACACUUUCCUCUAUUCAUGGGCUGAUAUGCUGUCUGUAUAAUCAUCAACUAGAUUUAGCCAAAUAGUCAUUAAUUGGAGGUAAUCUAGCAAACUUAGCAACUUAGGACUUUUGUUUGGGCUCCCGAGUGGUACAGUGGUCUAAGACACUCCAUCUCAGUGCAAGAGAUGGACCUGGUUUGAAUCCAGGCUGUAUCACAUCUGGCUGUGAUUGGGAGUCCCAUAGGGCGGUGCACAAUUGGCCCAGCAGUGUUCGGGGUAGGCUGUCAUUGUAAAUAAGAUUUUGUUCUUAAACUGACUUGCCUAGUUCAAUAAAGGUUCAAUUUGAACAAAAAAUAUUUAAAAAUGACCGCCUUUUACUAACUUUGUGUGAUUCGACAACGCUAAAGCCUACUCUGGGCGCACUCUGUGUGUCCUGAGCGCGCUCUGUGCCUUAUUGGACAAGUUCAGGUAGUCUCUCCCCAUUUCGGUCUGUUUGCUUCUUUUGCAUCAUUUCAAAUGGGUGUUAAAAUCGAAUCAAAUCAAAUGUUAUUUGUCAAAUUAGCCGAAUACAACAGGUGUAGCUAGACCUUACAAUGAAAUUCUUACUUAUAAGCCCUUGACCAACAAUGCAGUUUUUAGAAAAUUGCCUAAAGAAAAACAAGAAAUAAAUAAUUAAAGAGCAGCAGUAAAAUAACAAUAGCGAGGCUAUAUACAGUGGGUAUCGGGACAAAAUCAAUGUGCAGGGGCACCGGUUAGUUGAGGUAAUUGAGGUAAUAUAUGCAUGUAGGUAGAGUUAUUAAAGUGAUAUAUGCAUAGAUAAUAACAGAGUAGCAGCAGCGUAAAAGGGGGGGGGGAGUUGAUGGUGCAGCUGUAGAACCUUUUAAGAAUCUGAGGACCCAUGCCAAAUCUUUUCAGUCUCCUGAGGGGGAAUAGGUUUUGCCGUGCCCUCUUCACGACUGUCUUGGUGUGCUUGGACCAUGUUAGUUUGUUGUGGACACCAAGGAACUUGAAGCUCUGAACCUGCUCCACUACAGCCCUGUCAAUGGAUUGGGGCGUGCUCGGUCUUCCUUUUCCUAAUAGUCCACAAUCAUCUCCUUUGUCUUGAUCACGUUGAGCGAGAGGUUGUUGUCCUGGCACAACACGGUCAGGUUUCGGACCUCCCUAUAGGCUGUUUUGUCGUAGUUGGUGAUCAGGCCUACCACUGUUGUGUCAUCUGCAAAAAUAAUGAUGGUGUUGGAGUCAUGCCUGGCCAUGCAGUCAUGAGUGUACAGGGAGUACAGGAGGGGACUCAGCCCUGAGGGGCCCCCGUGUUGAGGAUCAGCGUGGCAGAUGUGUUGCUACCUACCCUUACCUUCUGGGGCAGACCGUCAGAAAGUCCAGGAUCCAGUUUCAGAGGGAGGUGUUUAGUCUCAGGGUCCUUAGCUUAGUGAUGAGUUUUGGGGGUACUAUGGUGUUGAAUGCUGAGCUGUAGUUAAUGAAUAGCAUUCUCACCUAGGUGUUUCAUUUGUCCAUGUGGGAAAGGGCAGUGUGGAGUGCAAUAGAGAUUGCAUCAUCUGUGGAUCUGUUGGGGCGGUAUGCAAGUUGGAGUGGGUCUAAGGUUUCUGGGAUAAUGGUGUUAAUGUGAGCCAUUACCAGCCUUUCAAAGCACUUCAUGGCUACAGACGUGAGUGUUACGGGUCGGUAAUCAUUUAGGCAGGCUACCUUCGUGUUCUUGUGCACAGGGACUAUGGUGGUCUGCUGGAAACAUGUUGGUAUUACAAACUCAGACAGGGAGAGGUUGAAAAUGUCAGAGAAGACAGUUGCCAGUUGGUCAGUGCAUACUCGGUCCUGGUAAUCCGUCUGGCCCUGCGGCCAUGUUGACCUGUUUAGUUAUGUCUGUCACCACCACAUGUACAGUUGUUCCCCACUAGGUGGCAGAGCCUGCUGUAUCAAAAAGCAGCUUUGAAGCAAUACUGUUGUCUUAUAUAUAUAUAUAUAUAUAUAUAUAUAUAUAUAUAUAUAUAUAUAUAUAUAUAUAUAUAUACUAUAUAAGACAACAUUAUUGCUUCAAUGCUGCUUUUUGAGCUUGUGUCCCAAAGAUCAGAAUUGUAUUUUUAGCCAAAAAUCUCACCUUGUUUUUUCUUUCUGCUGGAAAAAUAGAUCAAUGACAAAGACUUGUGUUAUAAUUAUUGAAAAUGAAACGAAAGCACUGUUUAAUGUCUUUAAGAAAUAAGCAACUGUAAAAGUGAGACUGAUUUUGUAAAUAAAUAAUACUUUAAAUAAUAAUUACAUUUUGGGGGGGGCUUGCAGGCAGCUUUGUGACCGAAUCGGAUAAAAAUGACAUGACCAAAAGUAUGUGGACACCUGCUGCUAUAACAGCCUCCACUCUUCUGGGCAGGCUUUCCACUAGAUGUUGGAACGUUGUGGGGAAUUACUUCCAGUCAGCCCCAAGAGCAUUAGUGAGGUCGGGCACUGAUGUUGAGCGAUUAGGCCUGGCUCACAGUCGGCUCUCCAAUUUAUCCUAAAGGUGUUCGAUGGGGUUGAGGUCAGGGCUCUGUGCAGGCCAGUCAAGUUCUCCCACACUGAUCUCGACAAACCAGUUCUGUAUGGACUCGCUUUGUGCACGGGAACAUUGUCAUGCUGAUACCGGAAAGGGCCUUCCCCAUACUGAUGCCACAAAGUUGGAAGCACAGAACCGUCUAGAAUGUCAUUGUAUGCUGUAGCGUUAAGAUUUUCCUUCACUGGAACUAAGGGUUCCUAGCCCGAACCAUGAAAAACAGCCCCAGACCAUUAUUCCUCCUCCACCAAACUUUACAGUUGGCACUAUGCAUUUCGGGCAGGUAGCGUUCUCCUGGCAUCCACCAAACUGAGAUUUGUCCGUCGGACUGCCAGAUGGUGAAACGUGAUUUAUCAUUCAAGAGAACACGUUUCCACUGCUCCGUUGCUCCUAGACGUUUCCACUUCACAAUAACAGCACUCACAGUUGACAAGGGUAGCUUUAGCAGGGCAGGAAUUUGACAAACCGACUUGUUGGACAAGUGCCAUCCUAUGACCAUGCCACGUUGAAAGUCACUCAGCUGUUCAGUAAGGCCAUUCUACUACCAAUGUUUGUCUAUGGUUGGGUUAAAUGCAGAAGACACGUUUCGUUUGAAUGCAUUCAGUUGUGCAACUGACUAGGUUUCCCCUUCCCCACUCCUUCUCCAGCUGAGAUCGCACCUGUUUGUGGCGACUGACACCUCUCCUGUACUUCUGGUGUGCUCUGAGGAUGGAACUCAUGUGCUGUGUGGUUCAGUGUGGGUGGACAUGGUGGCUCGGUGGGUGACCAGGUAAGUUGUCCUGUCUGGAACUCCUCAUCAGAAUGUUCCUCGCUGUCUGUGUUGAUGGUUCUGUGUCACAUGGGGUCUAAGUUUUGUUCCGUUACUCAAUCUUCUUUUUACUCUGUCGUUGCUCUGAGGUUGUUCUGGAGUUUCAGCUACAGGUAGAAAGUCACAUGGCAACAACAGGUUUCUAUGGAGCACUCUUAUCUCACCUCUCCCACUCUCGAAAACUGGACUAUCUUUACCUUUGCGGGCCUGGAUGACAUAGACUUAAUCUCCCCAGUAGGAGUGGAUUUUGCCUGGCUCUCCCCUUUCUCUCAUGUUCCUUACAAGGACCCUGCUGCCUUCUUGAAGCUCUGACCCAUAGGUUCUCUUGUCGUACUGCUUCUUUCUACUGUCAGCUGACUUGACUUCAUUUUUGGAUGCUAUCUCUAUAGGCCUCAGUCAUUCUCUUUUUCUCCUGGUAGGAGCCUGGAUUGUCCUCUCUUUUUAUCCCGAACAGGAGAUUGAUGGGGAGACGUGGAGGCUAGCAUGGAGAGAAGGGUACGAUUAAAUCUCUCUGUUUGACCGCUCCCCUGUGGGUGAAAUGGAGUGGUGUGUGACCAUCAUAUUCCACAGAGCUCUGAUCAGUCGAUGUAAAAGUAAAAAAAAAAUCCCUGGUCGUGGUGUAUUUUCCCAAGAAAUCAGAAUUUCAUUAAACAGUUUGUCUGCACCUGUCUUGGCUGACUUGUUUGUGGUUACAUAGGCUUGGGCAAAGCAUGUGUAGUGUUCCAUGACAACAGGUACAGUUGAAGGCGGGAAGAUUACAUACACCUUAGCCAAAUACAUUUAAACUCAGUUUUUCACAAUUCCUGACAUUUAAUCCUAGUAAAUAUUCUCUGUUUUAGGUCAGUUAGGAUCACCACUUUAUUUAGAGAAUGUGAAAUGUCAGAAUCAUAAUAGAGAGAAUUAUUUAUUUCAGCUUUUAUUUCUUUCAUCACAUUCCCAGUGGGUCAGAAGUUUACAUACACUCAGUUAGUAUUUGGUAGCAUUGCCUUUAAAUUGUUUAACUUGGGUCAAACGUUUCGGGAAGCCUUCCACAAGCUUCCCACAAUAAGUUGGGUGAAUUUUUGUCCAUUCCUCCUGACAGAGCUGGUGUAACUGAGUCAGGUUUGUAGGCCUCCUUGCUCGCACACACCUUUUCAGUCCUGCCCACAAAUCUUCUAUAGGAUUGAGGACAGUGCUUUGUGAUGUCCACUCCAAUACCUUGACUUUGUUGUCCUUAAGCCAUUUUGCCACAACUUUGGAAGUAUGCUUGGGGUCAUCCUUCAUCAAGACCCUUUUGCGACCAAGAUUUAACUUCCUGACUGAUGUCUUGAGAUGUUGCUUCAAUAUAUCCACAUAAUUGUCCAUCUUCAUGAUGCCAUCUAUUUUGUGAGGUGCACCAGCCCCUCCUGCAGCAAAGCACCCCCACAACAUGAUUCUGUCACCCCCGUGCUUCACGGUUGGGAUGGUGUUCUUCAGCUUGCAAGACUCCCACUUUUUCCUCCAAACAUAACGAUGGUCACCAUGGCCAAACAGUUCUAUUUUUGUUUCAUCAGACAAGAGGACAUUUCUCCAAAAAUAACGAUCAUUGUCCCCAUGUGCAUUUGCCUUUCAUGUGUAUUUGCCUUUCAGGUUAGGUCGAUAUAGGACUAGUUUUACUGUGGAUAUAGAUACUUUUGUACCUGUUUCCUCCAGCAUCUUCACAAGGUCUUUCGCUGUUGUUCUAGGAUUGAUUUGCACUUUUUGCACCAAAGUACGUUCAUUUCUUGGAGACAGAACGCGUCUCCUUCCUGAGUGGUAUGACGGCUGCAUGGUCCCAUGGUGUUUAUACUUGCGUACUAUUGUUUGUACAGAUUAACGUGGUACCUUCAGGCGUUUGGAAAUUGUUAUCAAGGAUGAACCAGACUUGUGGAGGUCUACAAUUUUUUUCUGAGGUCUUGGCUGAUUUCUUUUGAUUUUCCCAUGAUGUCAAGCAAAGAGGCACUGAGUUUGAAGGUAGGCCUUGAAAUGCAUCCACAGGUACACCUCCAAUUGACUCAAAUUAUGUCAAUUAGCCUAUCAGAAGCUUCUAAAUCCAUGACAUAGUUUUCUGGAAUUUUCCAAGCUGUUUAAAGGCACAGUCAACUUAGUGUAUAUAUUAGUGUACUUAGUGUUCUGACCCCCUGGAAUUGUGAUAAGUGAAAACAUCUGUCUGUAAACAAUUGUUCGAAAAUUACUUGUGCCAUGCACAAAGUAGAUGUCCUAACCGACUUGCCAAAACUAUAGUUUGUUUACAAGAAAUUUGUGGAGUGGUUGAAAAAUGAGUUUUAAUGACUCCAACCCAAGUGUAUGUAAACUUCCGACUUCAACUGUAUGUACUCAUAACCUCCUUUGCACGUCUCCAGGUGAAGGAAGUCUACAGAAACUAACUCAAACAGAUGAGUCAUUUUGAUGCUCAUCAUGGGUGCUGGUCUAUUUGGUUUCCUCUUCCUCAGGCACUCACACUCAUUUGUUACGAAGUGCUCCACAUCAUGCUUCAUUUUGGGCCAGUAGAACCGGGUCUGAUUAAGCUCAAUGUUCUUUCUGUGCCCAGAUGUCCCAUUUCCUGGUGCAGUUCCUUGACGCUGAGAGGAUGGUAGAGCUUUGGAAGAACGAGUUGACAUCUGUAAUGACUUCCCCUGUGCAGUGUUCUGUCUGGUUUGAUCUCUAGCUUUCCCCAUUCUCUGAGCAAGGCUCUCACUUCAACUUCCUCUGUAUGAAUGACAUCUGCACCAGGUCUCUGGUUUCUCUUCUUGUACUCCCCUUUUCCGAUCACUGGAUUUUUCUUUUGAGCCUACCGUACUUCAUCUCUGGAGAUUGGCUGUACUUUGCUGAGUAGUCCCUCAUUCUCUGCUUGCUCUUUGAUGGCAUUACAUGUGAUAGAGCUGAACAGUGGGGUAGGCUCUUCCUGCUGCAUUAGGAUACCCUGCUUUGUGGCACUGACAUACUCCCUCUGUACACUGUGUCAUGAACAUAUCCAAUGGCAUCCUUGAUAGGCCAUCUGCAUCUCCCCACUUACAACAUUGGUCUGAUUUUAUUCCCUGCUGUUGUUGACCCUUGAUUGCCUUCUCUAUCACAUUGAAGCCUAUGAUAGGUUCCUCUGCUACAUUAGGAUUACUGGACACAAUAACUGGUAUUUGGAGAAUGGGACUGGAAACACCUGAACUGUUUAGCUGAUCUCUACAGCUCUCCAACCAAUGAAUGGUAUUGUCUGAUUGGCCGACAUACCUGUGAGCUGUCCUGAUCCUAGUAGCUCGACUAUCACUCGGAUGAUGGUGUGAUUCAGGUAGUGGCGUCACCAGUCGUCGUUGAUGAGGCUUGCCUGUGCCCCGGUAUCCCAGAGUGCUGAGACAAAUUACAUUUCACCAUACACCCUUUACCUACUAGGUUUAAAAGCCUGGUGUUUUGUUUUGGGGAGAGGUAGUUGACUUUACAUUCCUCUUGGGUCUGGUGUUUUAGUACUUUCUCUGCUGCUCUUUGUUCUCGAUGACUGACUGACCUCUGACGUGUUUUUGAACAGUACAUAGCUGCAGAGCACCCCUUACAUUUCUCCAGCCUGUUCUUAUUGUGUUCUCCUUGUAGGCAGCAGUGACAGCGUCUGGACUUUAUUGGGUGGGUUAUAGCUGGUCACUCAACAGCAACCCUCUCCUGUUUCCCUACAUGUGGCUGGGGGCUAGACACCCACGGGAUACAUGACACCCACGGGAUAUACAGCUGUGUCCUUUUCCCUCGUCCUGGCCUCUCCUCUGUGGCCCUCUCUCUGCCGCUGGCUGUCUCUGGUAAGCUUCUUUGGUGUCAAUGGUGGUAAUGGAUGCCGUCCACAUCUUCCUCAUCUCAUCUCCUUUUUCAGCUCCCUCACAAUGGUGUGGAGCUCGGUCAGUGGUCUCUCCUCUGCUCUCCAGCCAAUGGCACCUCUGGUGGGCUGUGCUGUUGAUGGGUCUUGGGGGGGGUCACCUGCUGAAUGUGGGUGUUCUCGCCUUUCGAACCCGUUUACAGCUCUUUCACUCGGGUUGUCUUGACUGUUGUUUUCUUUAGCUUGUUCUGUUUCUCUGACUCGCAGCCUCAUUCCCCUGUUCUCUAAUGAGCAUCUCAUUGUUGACUGUCUGGUUAUCCAGGAAAGGCUUGAUCUGAAACUGCCACACAACAACCCUGACCUCAGGAUCUUCUUCAUAAUCAGAUCUGGGCUGUACUGCUCCUCUCAAUCCUUUCCCUUAAUGCAAAUAGCAGCCUGUCUUUUUAGUUCUAUGGCCUUGAACAGAAGGUUUUGUUCUGACUCUCUGGGUUCUUGGGAGAUGCUCAGCAACCUCUGACAUAGAUCAGAGGUGUCUUCCUCAUUGUAGUGCCCUUUUAAGAUCGUUCUGAGUUUUUGAAGUGUGAGGUUACACUUGAUCUCUAACAUAUCCCUCACCUUGGCUUUGAUGACUGCUUCAAUGAUGUCUGGUUCUGUGUGACCCUUGCAGAGCCCCCCGUUUAUCUGGUGCAUGAGGUUGGUGUAUGAGAGCCUGUCCCUCUGACCUCCCUCCCUCCCCUAUCUGCCCACUGAUAUGAGACUCCCUCCGAAUAGUGACCUCUGGCAGUUUUCCUGCUGUGUGAUUCUGCACAGACCUCUCCCCUCUAAUGUCAGUGACACUAGGUUUGUCACUGGUACCGCGUUCUUUUAGCACGUGGUACCAGAAUUCUAUGCUUCUGUUCUAGAAUUCAGAAGCAUACCCCACAUUGUAUCAAUACCGCAAUGUCUGAUUCAUAUGAGGCUUUACUCUAUAGUAGUAGUAGUAGUAGUGAGUAUCUAUAGUAUUAUUGAUCAUUGUAUAAUUAUCAUCAUCUAUAUUACAUGUAUUAUCAUCUGAAAGAGGCUUUGGUAUUAGCCUGUCUGAGGGGCUGCACGUGAGAGAUAGGGCGGGAAACCUAUCUUUGAUACAAUAGUGGCAUACAAAAAGUGAGAGGGCUAUGAGCAUAUAUUAUUACAUAUGCCUACCAUUGCUAAGGCCGGCAUCCUAAAAACCUUUCCUUCAUUUAAAAAAAAUGGAUUUAAUUUAUUCUCCCCUGGAAAAACUAACCUACAUUUCAUCACCAUGUCAACGUAUUAUCACCACUGGACAUGUAGCCUACAGAUGCCUGCCUCGUCAGCAAGCGAGGAAGAUAUUUCUCAUCAAAUGCGAUGAGUAUUAUGGCUUGGAUAGGUUUUUGCCUGGUCAAGGCAGAGGAUAACGAGAACAGGGUGGUGGACAAAGUCAUGGAAGCAACAAAGUGAGGUAGUUUGUGCAAGGUGAUCAGAUUGAAUGGUGCGUGUGUCUAACCAGCUAUAUUAUAUGCAGAGAACGUGGCGUGAGUGAAGCGAAGUUUUAGAUAUGAUGGGUUGUCGUAAACUAUGGAGCUAGACAGGAUUAUCUAGGUUUAUGCUUUGGCGCCAUCUAAGGGGCUGAAUGUCACGUGGGUGGACCAGUUAUCGCUCUCCUUCCAAAACGUGGUUACAUUUACAUAAACGUCAAGUAGUACUAACUACACAGUAUAUUUAUACUUGAUUUAGUUUAUGAACAUCCUGUGUUUGCCCCCCAUUUAUUGAUAAAUCCCCAAUCAUAGUAAUAUUUCCCUCAUCAUAUCCCUCCCACGAUACCUUCCCCCAUUUCUCCUCCCCCAUGUACCUGAAAACCCAGUAGCAGUAGGCUUGUAUUUGGGUGAUGAUCUGUGAGUCGAUAAUAUUUUAUUUGAUUUGGGAUUGGUCAAAAACUGUAAACAACUUGUCAAGUCAUGUGCUCCGGUUCGUGUAUACACUAUAACAAGCUCAUGCAGAUUUGUAAUAUGCUGAAAAGUGGCCAAACUAAGUUGAUAUUUCAGGGCAAUGGGCGCAGCCAUCUUUGACUUUGUUUAUUUGUGUCUUAUGCCGCGUUCCAAACAACUUGGAAAUCGGAAAAAUACAAGGUAAAAUCAUGACAUCAGUGAUGUUCACGUCGGAAAGUCAGAGCUCUAGAAAGAGGCCCCGAGUUGUAAUUCCAAGUUGGACGACCUUUUAAAAUAUAUUUUUCCAUGUCGGGGCUCAUUAUUUUCAGAGUUCCCAGUGGUUUUCAAUACACUGAAGUCAGAAUUUGGAGAUUUACAAUUUCCCAGUUGUUUUGAAUGCGGCAUUAUAGUGAAUUUGCAUUCUGUGAUUAUGGAGUUUUCGCAAACGUAAACAAACAUGGCUGCCAUCAUAAAGAAUUUUGCUGCUGUUAGCUUAGCUGACACACAUUUCUUUUCUAAACAACAUUACAUUAGUCUUUUGUGCUCACCAGAGAUGUGAUACAUUGUAAACUAGUCUAGGACGCUAACUUACAGUAUGUUUAGUUUUUUUGUCAGAGUAACCUGUUAUUUAGACUGUUUUAUAGAAUGAGUUUGGCUGUGGAUGUGUUCUGUGUGAUGCUUGGAUGAUGAAGUUCGCAUUUAUCUUUAAUGGAAAAAUUGAGGAAUAAAGUUUAAGAUCUUUAUUUUCCAUCAGUAUAAAAAUAUUUAGAUGCUGUUCAGACAACAAUGCUGUUUAGACGCAUUUGUUGUGUCAUACGUUCUGUUGCUACAGUUCCAUAGGCCGCAGGGACCACCCAACAAUGAUCACAAAUACGUCAAUGUAUGUGUCAAAGGGUUAACUCUGAAAACAUUGCGAAAACAAUACAACAAUAACAUAACUACACUCCUCUUAACUUUGUGUUUCUUAUUAUGUGCUUGACAACUCACUCACCUUGGAAAUCAAUGAGUUUAUAUCUGGUUGCUCUUAGUACAGCCACUGCUGGCUUGUCACUCAUUCGACUGACAACAUAGCGUGAGAACUACAGCAGCGAGAGCUCGUGAAUUGAAGCAACCACUAGAGCGAACGGCCCUCUCUAUUGGCCAAAAACCACCACAACCACACUAAUAUAAGUAAAUGAUUAGCUAGAGAUGACAAAGUUGACCAUAUAUCUCACAUAUGAGACAAAUUAAACAAAACUUACAGAAUUCAAUUAAAUUCCUUGUGACAUUUUUGGUUCCUUCCACAGUGGCUCUGGAAACAGUAUUACAGAUAACUGACUACGUACAGGAAGCAGUGAACUACAGAGUCACACUGUAAAAAAAAAUCACAAAGUACCGCCACAACGUGUAUCUUACUGCUUACAUUGCAGCAGCAGUGAAUUACAAUAGGUUACAAUAGGUUGAGGUUCCAGUGGCAGCUGUGAAAUGGAAUCGGAAGCGAGCUGUAGCCUAUUGCUUGUUUGUUUUUUACAAGUCUGUUAUUAAAGAAUGUGAAACAAUG